AGUCGCGGCUAUACGUAGUGAAUUAAGACCAUACAUAUCAGGAUGUUGGUCGAACACUCGCUAUUUCAAAUCGUAUUAGACUUGUAAUUGGAUACUUUACACAGCGGCGUAUCAGACUGCAUGUGGACAUUAUACAUUGAAAGCUGCAUUCAAAGUUGUCACUGUUUAUACGUUAUUGUUCACUGCUCUAAAGUGGCACAGUUCGUUCCACUUCCAGGAAAAGAAGCAAAAACAAAAAGUACUCUACCAUCAUAAGGAAGUUUUAAAAAGUUCAAUACAAGAACAGUAAGCUAUUAGAAAGGCAAACAACACUUGGAUCAUCGAUGAACUGACUGUGAACAUUGGCAUUCUCCUGGAUGAACAGAGAAACAUUGUACAACUCCAUCUGGAAUUUCAUCGUUUUUAGUUGAUGAAUAGGGCAUAAAACUUCGAAAGGCUCACUAGACAUCGAACAGAGUUUAUUUGGUGGAUAUUGAAACUGAACUGAAAGGUGUGAUAUAUAUUUUUUUCCAAGAUUUCCUACAAUGUUGAAUAACACUGACAUCGUCCCAGCGACAAUACAACCACCACAUGAGACUACAGAGUUUAAGAUUAUCAAGAUAUUGUGCUAUUGUGUGAUACUCGUGUGCAGUACUAUUGGAAAUGGACUCGUYAUUCAUGUCAUCAAGAACACAGAGCGCAUGCGCACGCCAUCAAACAUUCUUGUUCUGAAUCUYGCCUUCUGUGACUUAGUCACGCCACUGUUAAGCAUACCAUUUGACUUUGCUCUGGAAGAAAACAAUUAUGAGUGGAUGUAUGGUGGUUUCCUGUGCAAAAUACUUUGGCCAGGAACAACUCUUUCCACAACAUCAUCGUCAUUGACUUUGGCAGCCAUUUCGUUUGAUCGAUAUCGGGUCAUAAUGCAUCCCUUCAAGUCGAAAUUAACCAUGACUCAUGUUAAAAUGAUAAUUGCUGCAAUUCAUACAUGCUCUUUAUUCGUCGUURCACCAUAUAUUUACGUGCUUCGCUURCAAGGAAGCGAAUGCAGCGAGGCCUGGGCAGGAGAUGUUUACAGGAAGGCCUAUACAAUAUUUCUAUUCCUGGUMCAAUACUGCGUACCUUUGAUUUUUAUGACAGUCAUGUACACAAUGACUUUAAAAAGCCURUUCUCCGCYUCUGUAAAGACCUGGGCCAUGAGAAAAGAUCACGUGGUGGACGAACAACCAAUCACGAGCAGUAGAGACAGCGAGCUGUCGACGAGCACAAGCCUGGAAAACGACACUUCCAAGAAGAAGAAAGCAAAAUGGAAGCUACUACAGAUGAAYCACCAUGGAGCUAACGAGGCUAACAGAAGAGCCACCAAGAUGUUUAUAGURAUUGUCAUCGUGUUUGCAAGCUGCAUGUUUCCAAACCAGGUCGUGUGGUUGUGGGCYGAAUUCGGCAAUGGGUAUUCCCACGAAAGGCACAAAAUUGUACUGAUAAUAUGCUGGAUUUUUACGUACGCAAACAGUGUUUGCAAUUCAGUGAUUUAUGCCAUGUUUAGCAGUGACUUUCGUAAAGGAUUCUAUGGAGUAUAUGGUAGACUAUUUUGUAAGGAUGUUGAUGUUUACGAAGUCAACCCACGCCAAAGCUAACAUACGAUCAUGUGUUCAGUCUUGAUGGCAAAAGUAUGCGAGACAAAUCUAUGAAUAAAAUCUGAUUUUAUCGGUGUAAGAUAGAAACUAACAAAUCUAAAAUUCACUUUGAAAAUACAUUAUUCGUGUCCAAGCUAAAUACUCUCAGAACCACUUUUUUAAAAGAGGCGCCAUCUUGAAAAAAGCAAUGUGGCGGUUGAGGCUACAGUGAUAAAUCAUUAUAGAUACGUUUUUAAUAUCAAAGACAAUAUAAAUAUAUAUAUUUCACAUGUGAAUAAACUGAUAUUGCAAGCUCAAACGCUUUUUUAUCUUGUUUUUUUACGUAGCCAAAAUACGCGUCCAGUGACUUUCAAGAUGGCGCUGUGGACAGUAAAAUUGAUAAAAAACUAUGAAAAAAAAAAACAACAACACUUUUGUGAGGUAUUAAAACACACAACCUGCACAAUCAUAAACACGAUAUAAUAAUCAAAUAGUUAUAAUAUUGAUAUUGAUAAAACUGAAAAAGGAAAUUUAUGUAUAUUUAUGUUGUGUAGCUAAAUUUAUUUAAUUUAUAGGAAAAGACAGUGAAGUAAAAAAAAUCCACGUCAACGUUAAUAAAGAUGCAUGAAAUACUAAGAAAUAUACAUAACUAUAAUACAAAGCUUGUUAUUAUYAUGGAAAACUAAAUUCAUAAACCCAUUUAAUUUUAGUACGAUCAUUGUGCAUUGCAAUAGUGGAUUAUUGUGUUCAAUUGAAGGUGAGUGUCACGAACGAAUAGCAAAGCAAGUAAAACAAAAGUUAUGAUAGACAUUUGAACGGUACCUUCUACGUCACUACUUCAUUUGCACUACAUUGUGGGAUCAUUUUCUAGAGAAAACAAAAGAAAUUCGCCAUGUUCUGUCCCAAACAUAUCCUACAAUGCAUUGCGUAUACGGUACAUGACGUAAAAGCUUGCACAGAGGUCUAUAACCAUAUGUCGAUAUUCAUACGUCACCGAAGUGUUACUAGUGUAAGUUCCAAUUGGUUGAUAAUGAAAACUUGAUUUUGAUGCAAGAUCUUUGCGUAUCGUAACCAUGGUCAAACCUYCGCCAUUGAACUCAAUUAUUUAUUAAAACAACAGUUUAUUGGAUGCAAGAAUGGUUUAUUCAAAAUUUAAAGUUUGAAAUGAUAAAUGGUAAUAUUGAUAAAAAAUGUCUAAUAAUCAAAACAAAAAUUAA